AUGGCCUCGCUGCUCAACAAGACGGAUUCUGGUCCACCGCCGCGCCAGAUCCGCUUUGUGAACAACCAAGGCCAACCGCCUUCCAAACGACGCAGAAUCAACGCCGCCUGCUUAACCUGCCGACGACGAAAGACCAGAUGCGCGGGCGAACGACCAGUUUGCUCUACGUGUACCAAGAAUGGUCACAAGUGCCAAGGAUAUCCAGAAGACUUACGCAAGGAUGCUGCCGUCGAUUUUCUCGAAAUAAAGUUGGCUCCUGAGGAGGAAGACGACGAAGGAGAAGGGGAAGAAGGGGAAGAGGAAGAGGAAGACACUGUAGUAGACGAAGGGCGCUCCGAGAAUGACCGUAGGAGGUUCAGGUUGAAAAAAUCCGUCAGCCUGCCCACCUCGACGACCGCCUCUGCCGCUACUAAGAAUCACGCCGACAGCGCCGGCGAACAUGAUUCUACUACUCCUUCCUUUGUCAGGCCUCCGCUCAUUCGCCAUCACGCACCACCUGCUGAACAUGGCAAGACAGACUUGGACAGCCACUCCCGCCGUCAUCGUUCUCCCAUCCACCACCAUCAAUCAUCAGGCCAUACCGAUGAUGCACCAAGUUCGCCAACUGUGCGGCGCGCUUCUUCUCACCGUGUUCCGUACUUCCGAUACUUUGGACCUACUGCCAUCGUACCGGGCUUCAAGCAAAUGGUCGUGUCCGUUCGUGACCGACGCCGUUCCACAGGAGGCUCGCAGUCUGCAGCCUCUCCCCUGUCGAACCAGAGCGGUGGCAUACGAGCAAGCAGCAUCACUGCGGCUAGUGACGUUGCGGUAGAAGAUUUGCCAGUCUAUGAUCCCACCAGCACUGUCCCUGUUCAUCCACUCAUUCUCAACCUCGUCAAGACAUUCUUCCUGCAUCUGGGCUGCAACUACCCCUUUCUCAAACAACCAAAGUUUCUUCGGAUGGUGACGGAGAAGAGAGUUGAAUCGAUACUUGUGGACGCGAUAUGCGCCAUCGCGGCCAGAUUUUCCGACGCACAGCAACUAACCGGGGCCAACGACAAGUUGCCCAGAACCGAGAGGGGUCAAGUCUUUGCGCAGCGGGCCAAGCAAGCCACUGUCGAGACGUUCCCCUGCCCUUCCGUUGGCGCCGUGCAAGCGUUGCUUCUCAUGGCGUAUGAAGGGUUCGGAGCCAACCAGGACAGCGCCCUGUGGAUGUAUCUCGGCCUCGCCAUCCGAAUGACUGUCGAUCUAGGCUUGCAGAAGAGGGUCGGAAUUCAAUACCAGGGAGAAAAGGAUCCCUGGUACACGAGAAACAGAAGUCGCGGAAACGGCGGCGAGUCGGAAAGUCCGGACGAUAAGAAGACGGCAGACCCGGACGCCUUGAGCCCCGAGGAGCAGAGGGAGGUGGAGCAAGAACGAAUCGACACCUUCUGGGCAGUCUUCUUCCUCGACAGAGUCAUCUCCUCGGGUACCGGUCGGCCGGUGACGUUUCGGGAUGAUGAUUUUGAGCUACCGUUUCCCGUGGCGAGAAUCGACGCCACGACCGGGUGGCCGAUGCUGUUUCCAGUUCUUCUGGGCAUCAUCCACCUGUACGGGCGUGUCUCAGACCUCUUGAACAACGUCCAUGACGCACGAGACCUAACCGAGGAGAAAUGGAGCAAACUAGCGGAAAUGGAACAUCAACUGACCAAAAUGUACAAAGGCUGGGACAGCCGGUUGCAAUUCAACGUCAGCAACUUCAAGGCCUAUCUCAGCUUCGGACAAGGCACCACCUUCAUCCUGCUGCACUUUUGGUUUCACGCCCUCUUCAUCGUCCUGCAUCAACCGACGCUGCUGACGCCAUUCGGCGAGCUGAGAUCCGAACAUCAGCUACUCCCCGACAGCCGAGAGCUGAGCAUGAGCAGCGCCAAGACCAUCUGCGACAUCUUGUCCUUUGCUGAUCUCAUCGACCCCAUCAGCUUCAUCGGCAACCCGUUCACGAGCCAGCCCAUCUACAUUGCCGCUUGUGCUUUUCUCAUGGAGUCGAGCGCCAGCGCUUCCGAGGGCCCUUCCAGAGAAUCUUCCCCCGCGGCCAUGCUCCGGCGCCCCGUCACGCAGCCCAAGGCUCCCAUGUCAAAACAUUCCCGACACUCGCUCCUCGCUUCGGCGGCGAACCAGAACUACCAACGAUGCUAUAAUUCGUUGCAGCAGAUGCACACGUACUGGGGAGGCGUCAAAUACAUCCUUACCGCUCUGGAUCAAAAGUCCAAGGGCAUUUGGGACUGCGAGACGUACACGUCUGAAGAGUACGAAAGCACGAAGAUGCCAGCCAUGCAACCGGGCGUUGCUGGGGAUUUUGGUCACCUUGCCCAGAGCUCUCCCAAGACGGGGGCGGCGCCUCCCAUCGCUUGGAGUCUUGCGGGAACGGCCAACUCGCCAAGCUCCAACCUAACCCUCAUGUAUCAGAACUCCAACGGCCACUCUGUGAGUCAUGGUCCGCAUCAUCAUCAUCAUCAUCAGCAGCAGCAGCAGCAGCAACAGCAACAGCAGCAGCAACAACAGCAGCAACAACAGCAGCAACAAGGACAGGGAAGUCGCCGACAAUCGAGCACCCCUCCGGGCAAUAUGCUGUACGACCCCAUCAGGCAAAGCAUGCCCUCGGAGCCGGGAGGGAUGUAUCCCCCGGCUGUUCCUUCCUCCAGCAUCGCUGGUGCUCCUAAUGCAUCUCCUCGUUGGGCCCGCACCAGGCGGCCAUCCGCUCUUACCAACACGACGGGCCAAAGCCAUUCUGCCAGCAUGAGCGAGGGCUUCCCAGACACGGGGAUGGACGGAUCAAAGGUGUACAUGGCUACCGGAUUCACGUCGGCCAGUCAGAACUCUGCUGGCUAUGAAGGGUACAGCGUCUCGCCCACCAGCAACGUGGCAGAUGGCAAAGCCCACAGCCGUGGUAUCUUGACACCGAACCACGUCUACUACGCGCACGGCAUGCCGUAUUCAACCUCGUGGACAUUUGGUAACGGGACCAUGGAUGGCAUCACGUUUGACAGCCAAGACAUUGACAUUGGGGCUCUCGGUCUGCAGCAGCCUGAACUCAUGAGCGGGUGGCUCGAUUACAUUCCGAGCGACGUUCUCGGUUUGUUUGAAAACCAUGAAAUGAACAACGGACAGGGGGGCCAGAGUAGACAACACUCUUGA